AUGCUGUUGAAAUCUCGUCAGAUUGUAAGUCGCGUUCCAGUUUAUCCAAAAUCUAAUUAUUCCUUUAUCCAAAGUCUAAUAAAAAUUGAUUUUUUUAAAAAUUCAAAAACUUUCAGCGCUCUUCGUUGCCUUUGGAAAUACUCUUAUACAUAAAUGCACGAAUUUCAAUCGUCUUCUUUUUCGUUUUCAUUGGAAUUCACAUUUAUAAAUGUAAGUUGAACUGCGGUUUUUGUUUUCAAAAGUACUUUAGCUACAUAUCUUCAUGUGCCAAAGCAUGCCGACGUCAGCGAGCUCAUUAUCUUACUUUCAUUUGGACCCUUGGAAGCCUUGAGAAUUUCUUGGGGUAAGUUGAGGGUUAUGAAGGUUCGAUGGGACGGAAAAAUGUUAUGUCAUAGACAACGUUGAUGACGUAAUUGUAGGCUAUAUCUUCUUUGAGAAAUAUUUUUUUCGCUUUGAAGGAAACACCAUGGCAGGUCGAAGGUUUCCUAAAUUUGUGAUUUUCCAAGGCCUCCAAGCACUGAUAUUGACAUACCAAUAUAAGUAUUUAAAUAACGAAAAUAUUGCCUCAAGCAACAAAACAUCCAAACUUACGAAGAAACACCCAUAUCUUACUGACUCUUAAUUUCACGUGUUUCAGCUCGUCGCGGGAAUUUGACGGAGACGACGGCCUUUAUCGCCUUUUCAUUGAUGUUAUCGCUGGCGAUUAUCGCGAUCUGUGUGUAUAUCGGCUUCUUCCAGAACUACGUCUUGAUGGUCGAACUUAUACUGGCCUCGAUUGAAGGUGGAUUCGUCAUCUUCGAAAUCUUAUGCUCCAUCGCUGCAGUGGCCUCGUUUUCGAGGACUUCUAGCUCGAGUUAA